AUGGAGCCCUCUGCCUCUGGUGUUUUCUGCAGCCGGGUGCUCAGCAUGGUGAACUCGGAAGACGUGAAUGCCAUCAUCCUGGCUCAGAAGAAUAUGCUUGACCGAUUUGAGAAGACCAAUGAGAUGCUGCUGAACUUCAACAACCUGUCCUGCAUGCGAAUGCAGCAGAUGAACGAGCGUUUCCUCCAUCACACCCGGACACUGGUGGAGAUGAAGAAAGACCUGGACAGCAUUUUCCGGAGAAUCAGGACACUGAAAGGGAAGCUAGCAAAACAGUAUCCAGAGGCCUUUAGCAAUAUCCACGAAUCUCCCAUCCUGGAGGAUGACGACUUCGACCCCAUCCCCAAGAGCACCGCCACGACCAUCGCUACCUCAGAGCAGAGCACUGAAUCCUGCGACACCAGCCCAGAUAUCAUCUCCCCCACCACGAGCCAUGACUUCGAAGACCUCUCCCAGGGCCCCUACGACUCGCCGGCAGUGAACGGACAGAGCGUCACAGAUGACGAUGGCAACGAGACGGACUAGACUGCCGGGCAAAGCCUCAGCGCUAUGGGCUUUUCCUUCCUCCACCGUCAGGACCACACACCGGAGGCCCAUCCCUUUCACCUCUGUAUCUCUGUGUCGUCUUGCCCAAUUAUUUCCAUGUCCUAGGAGAGAGGAGUCAGCGUGGGCACAGGGGCUUGUGCAUGAACUGUCACUUCCCUGACGGCGCCAAUCCCUCACUUGCCAAAUGCGGAGCGAGUUUGUACAUUAACGGGAUCCAAAUUGCGGGGGAACCAGCCAGCUGCGUUGCUCACUUGCUUGCACAAAGGUGCGCCUGCCGGGUUUGGGCCACCGGUAACGGCUGUAUUCUCGUUACGGGGAUUCAUUGAGGCGACAAAUUAUGCAGCCUGCCCUCUCCCAUUUGCUGUAGCCUGGUCUGUAAAUUAUCUCUUGGGCAGACUGUACAAAGCCAGGUUCUCAAAGCUGCAGCCUCUAGCUGGAGAGCAGAAGUACAUCCGAGGAGACAGGAAGGAGAGCAGGUGAGAAUGGGCGACUCCGUCUUUCUCCAGUCACACAUAUGUCCCCCUAGUGCAGCCUCUGUGUUAGCUUCAGUCUGUCCCUGGAGCCCAGUCCAUCAGCAGUCGUUGCCUGGACCCCCUUUGCUACAAGCCGUGAUCACACACGGCUCCUGUCCAGAUACGGGGUUUGCGCAGGUGACAUUUCAGGUAGAUUGCCGCAGUGGUUCUUUCCAAAGACCUCUGUUGCUUUAGCUGAGGUGUGGUCCCCAGUUCCCUACAAGCCUGCUUAACCCAACAGGGUGCAAGGGCUCUGUCGUUAUCUACCACGGCUUCCUCUGACUCAGUGUAAAAGGUAUACGUCCACUCCUGGCCUCCAGCGAUGCACGUUAAUAGCUAAAAAAUGGAGGCCCCUGUGCAUCAAAGCGUUCACCUUGCAGGAAGUACAUUUAGCCGUCUGAUUGCUUUCUGUCCUCGUUAAGCCCUGUUUUGACAGCCCCCGCCUUCUGUUUACAGCACCACAAAGGGUGUCCACGUCCUUUGCCUGGUUUUUAGUCUCCCUUCCCCACUGUGGCACCACUGUCUGUAUUAAGAGUUCCUUUGCCAGAGUUCAGCACAGGAACAAUAACGUUUUGUGCGCAGAGAGGGGGGAGGCGUUGACACCCCCUCCCCCCGGUGUAAUCUCACAAGAUGCAAAAACAUAAAGAAGAAAUAUUUUUGUACCGCUAAAAGUUUACAGAGACUAAUAAAGA